AUGAAGAGUGCAGCGACCAAGCUGUUGCUGCUCCAGUCUGAGACCCAGCAGAUUUAUGGGGGUGGAGCAGCAUCCAUAUCCCCUCCCUGCUGGCUCCCACUCCUCGCUGGCUGGGAAAAGGGAGGGUCUUCCUUGAAGCUGGUCGAUCAUGCUGACAAAGUGCCCCUAGCCGUGCACUGCAUUAACACCACCCCCAGCUCUCCCCCUCAGAGCUGUUUAAUGGAGCUACAAGAACAAUUACUUUUCCAAUGUAGAUUUUGCUCAGCUGUGCAGCUGACGUCCAUCCAUCCCCUUCCUCCCUCCCUCCUUCUAGCCUGGUCUUCUAGGUAUAAAAUGCCAGCUGCCCCCAAGUGCUGGGCUUGUUUCUCUGUGGAGCAUCAGUCACCUGUGGAGCAAAGCCUCGGUGAACAGUGCCUUUAUCCUCGACCCAUCAUGUGGUAUUCAGUGCCAUGGUCUCAGCAGUCUCAUUGGUCACCUCAAUCCAAGCACUUAAAGCUUGUCACAGUCUACGUUUUGGUGCUCUUGGUAUCACUCAGCUUUGUGACAGGCCAGAGCAGAUCAUUUAAACAUCAGAUAGACAACAGAAGUCCUGAGAUUGAUCCAUUCUGGUAUGUGGGACGUGGAGUCCGACCUAUUGGCCGGUUUGGAAAAAGGCAGCUAAGAAGCAGCCAGAGCAGCUUAAAACCCGGAGACAGAGGCCCGGACCUGAUCUUGAAUGCAUUAUGGGAACCAGAAGCAAUGGAUGCAGAAGAGGAUGAUGGCUGGUGACCUCAUUUUUUGCUGGAGUAACAACACUAACUUCCAUUUCAAUUGCAUUCUCCUGUCUCCUCACACAUACUUUAACCCUUUUGCCUAGUUGUCCUCUGCCAUGUAAUCUAUUUAUUUCCCAUGCAAAUUCAUUUAAAAAGAAUUGCACUCAGGUUUCAGAUGGAAGGUGAAAAGUGGCACUGAAUGCAACCAUAAGUUGUUAGUAGUAUUUUUGCUCUGAGCAAAGCACUCCCCCAAUAAUACCCACCCUGUGCCUUGACAUCACCAUUCACUGUGACAUUAGAUCUGCCCAAGAGCCAAACGAUUCUUGUGCUUGGAAUUAACUCUGUAUAAAACAUAGUGUCAGUGCUAACGUGUCAACAAGCCUUUCUGUCGCAUUUCCAGUGGGUAUAUUGCCUGCCCUUAUUGGUAGUUUAGUGUUCACAGGGUCUUUAAUCCUACA